UAUGGACGGAAAGGCGAGCGGGAGGGGUCCUUGCCUCUGCCAGCCCGGCAGUCGCUCUCUCUCCAGGCUGCUGUCAGUUGCUGCUGCUGCGGGAGGCAGGGGAGGUGGACGGUGAUACAGAGAGAGAGAGGCAGGUCCCGGUCUCCCCCAGCACUCCGUCACCACAGCUUCCCUGAACGCCCGUAUAGACCAGCAGCAGCUGUCCCCGCUUGUCGUCGUCCUACAGCAGCUGUCAGCCUGGACGCCCGCAGGCGCAGCGGUGUUUCUGCCGACAUCAUGGAGUGUGACAUCAUGGAGAAUGACAUUCUGGAGGCCCUGGAAGACCUGGGGUACAAAGGAUCCCUGAUGGAUGAGGGAGCCUUGAUUGAAGCUGCCUGUCAAGGAGCCCUUUCUCCAGAAUACACCAAACUCUGUGCGUGGUUGGUCACCGAGCUAAGAUUGUUCUGUAAACUGGAAGAAAAUGUAGAAGCCACAAAUAGCCCUAGUGAGGCAGAAGGGUUUCAGUUAGAAAUGAGCGGUCUAUUGAUGGAGAUGAACUGCCCAUAUACAUCUUUGACGUCUGGAGACCUGUCUAAACGUCUUCUGGACAAGAAGAACUGUCUACUGCUGUUAACAUUUUUGAUAUCCGAACUUGAAGCUGCUAGAAUGCUAUGUGUAAAUAUACCUGCAAAGAAGGAACAAGAUGGCGGCGGCAGUGAUGUGUUUAAGGAACUGAAGGCAGUAUGCAUGACUCUGGGAAUGUCCAAGCCUCCAGCUAAUAUAACUAUGUUCCAGUUUUUUAGUGGAAUCGAGAAAAAGAUAAAGGAAACUUUAGCAAAAGUGCCUCCUAAUCAUAUGGGAAAACCUCUCCUGAGCAAGACUUUGGGGCCAUCUCAUUGGGAGAAAAUAGAAGCAAUCAAUCAAGCCAUAACUAAUGAAUAUGAAGUCCGUAGAAAAAUGUUAAUUAAACGUCUGGAUGUGACUGUACAAUCAUUUGGUUGGUCAGACCGAGCAAAGAGUCAGUCUGACAAACUGGGUAAAGUUUACCAGCCAAAACGUGCGGCCUUAUCGAGUAGUGGAUCCAUUUGUGUUGCACAUCUAUUAGCAGCCCGUCAUGAUCUGUCCAAAAUUUUGAGGACUAGCAGUGGUUCAAUCCGGGAGAAAACUGCUUGUGCUAUAAAUAAGGUGUUAAUGGGUAGAGUUCCUGACAGAGGGGGCAGACCUAAUGAAAUAGAACCUCCUCCACCAGAGAUGCCUCCUUGGCAGAAGAGACAAGAUGGACCACCACAAGGUGGUGGUAGAGGUGGAGGACGAGGUGGAUAUGAACAGUCAUACAGUGGUCGAGGUGGAUAUGAACAAGGUGGUGGUCGAGGAGGAGGUCGCGGGAACUAUGAUCAAGGAAGCAGAGGUGGUAGAGGAGGCAAAAUUCAAGGAGGCUGGACAGAUGGUGGCAGUAGUUCUGGUGGACAUUAUCAAGAUGGUGGUUAUCGAGAUUCUGGAGUUCAAACAGGGGGCUACCAAGGUAGUGGCUAUCAAGGAGGCGGAUACCAGGGAGGUGGUAGUGGAUACCAAGGUGGUGGAGGUGGUGGUGGAUACCAAGGUGGAGGCGGCUAUGGUGGCUACCAAGGUUCAUCCUACUCUGGAAGUGGAUACCAGGGUGGAGGAUACCAACAAGACAAUAGAUAUCAGGAUGGUGGCCAUCAGAAUGACCGAGGAGGUGGCCGUGGAGGUGGAAGAGGAGGUCGAGGUGGCCGUGGUGGAAGAGGAGGACAAGGUGGUGGUUGGGGUGGUCGUGGGGCACAGAGCUAUAACCAAGGGGGUCAAUUUGAGCAGCAUUUUCAACAUGGGGGGUAUCAAUAUAAUCAGUCUGGUUUUGGACAAGGGAAACACUACACCAGUUGAGAUUAUUUCAGCAGCAGUUUCAGUAGAGCUCAGGCAAUACAAAUGACAACCUAAUCAGAAAAAUACAUAUAUUGUUUUUUGUUUUGUUUUUUGUUUUUUUUACCCACCUGUCCGUUAUGAGUGCUGAAACAUAGCCUGAUGCAUGUGUGGACUUGAGCAAUAAAAAUAUAUUCCCACAACUGCUUUUCUUCAGAAAUGCUAUUUGCAGUGGUAACCUUUAUUCUCUACACACCUUUCAUACAAUGCAGCACUAACAAUAAGGUUUCCAUCUGCUUUCAUCAUUGACAAUACGUGUAGUGACAUUCACAUUUUAUUAAAAUUGCAAUUAAAAUGCACUGUUUUAAUAAUGGAAUUUGUCUAAUGCUCAACUGAUGAUGGACUAAAAUGGCUAGAUUUCCACAAAGUUACAAGCAUGCAAUCCUACAUAGCUGCAUACCCUAAGUAGCCAAUAAACUCUUCAUCCCACAUAACAUCCUACAUUUAUGCUGAUGCAGAGUUUCAGUGGUCUGUUAGGUAAUAAAAGUAGAUUUGUGUCCUUGUGAUUUGCUGCAUUCUUGUGGGAUGCUGCCUUAGCCCGAGAGUAUGGCUGUUAUCAUGACUAGUGGUCACUAGUCGAUAACGUGUAUGCAGCUCUGAUAGAAAUGGAUAGGAGCAGUUGUGAUGUGCUUAUACAGCCUACCUUAUCAGCUUAAAGGAAAAAUAUUGAGAUAUAUGCUAUAGGAAUUUCAUGUUUUUAUUUGACUUUAUUACAAACCUAUAUUGCUUUAUAUUGGAGAUAGCUCAGUUUGGGAAACUUAUAACUUUGCAGUUGCUCUGAAUGAGACUGAAAAUUAAAUUGUUUGACCUAAGAAUAGUUAAAAUUAUAUCCCAUAACCCCCCCCCAUUGAAAUAUUCAUACCAUGUUAAAAGUUGAGUCUUGAUGAUCAAAAAAAAAAUCAGAAUUGCCAUUAAAACAGUACAUUAAUAAGUCUGCCUAAGCUAAUUUUUAAGUGAUUUAUUUUUAAUGAAUGGUUACAAUAUUGAAAAUAAAAAAGUUACUGUUUGAAUAUGUUUGACCUACUAAAUCACUAUAAUUUCUUAUGUUUUUAUUUUUUUAAUUAGUAGAAUACUGGUUCUCCUACAAGUAGCAUUUCUAAACCUCAUAUUAAAUAUAAAUAUCCCGCUGUUACUGGGCCCGCAGUGUUUGGCUAUAAGAGCAUUAUGGGAAUUUUAGUCCACUGUAUAAUACAGAGCAGACCCAGCUUAUAUAAGGUAUGUGUUCAUUUUGUUGUUUUCUUUUUGUUCUCAUCCCUUUAUUGCAUGUAGAAAAAGCAAAGGUGAUAUUUUUUAUGUUCAAUGCAUUCAUUGCUUUCCUGAUGGGGUAAACAUUAUUACAUGAGCUCUACUGUAGUCUGUAAGACAGUCUAGUAUGUCUUAAAAGCGUACUAUGUUCAGCCAUAGGGGUCAUAUCCGUGAUCAUCAGUUUACGACUUUAAGUGCAGUUACCACACAUUUAAACUUUCAUUUCCGCACCAAUAAUAAUGAUAUUUUUUUGCGAACGUGGUCUAAAAUUACUUGAAAACAGCUCUAAGUAGACUUUCUUCCUUUUUAGUUAUUGCAGUCUUAUGCCACUCAGUCAAGUUGUUUGGAUUAUUUUUUUUCCCCUCAAAAGACAUGCACUACUACUUGGGCAAAGGAGGUUAUGCCCAAAAAUAUUCUUUACAUAUGCUGCAGAAAACCAAGCCUGUGUGAGUUUGUGUUGUUUAUUAAGCCUUUAAGAAGAUCCACAUAAUGAUUUUUGUUUGAUUUCCUUUGUACAUAAACAUUGUUAAGCUGUGAAAGAAGCCAGUUGAAGGUAUGCUGUUUGUAUGAAAGGUGAAAUAAAGUUCCUGAAUGGG